AUGGGUUUCGUAGUCGGCGUCGUGCUCGGAAUCCUAGUCGGCCUUGCCAUCAUUGUCGCCUUCGUCCGCGCCGAGAAUUCCCGCUCCGCCCGACGAUCCCAGCUCGCAACCACCAUCGCCGCUUUUGCCAGAAUGUCGGUAGACGAUUCUAGAAAACUCUUACCUGCUCAAUUCUACCCUUCCUGGGUCGUUUUCUCUUCCAGACAAAAGUUAACUUGGCUUAACUCGCAUCUUACCAAGAUCUGGCCCUAUGUCAAUGAGGCUGCUUCUGAGCUUAUUAAGACAUCGGCGGAACCGAUUCUCGAAGAAUACAGACCCACGGUUUUGGCUUCUCUCAAAUUUUCUAAGUUUACCCUCGGUACUGUUGCACCACAGUUUACAGGGGUAUCUAUAAUUGAAGAUGACGGAGAUGGUGUUACAAUGGAGUUAGAAAUGCAGUGGGAUGGUAAUCCAAGUAUUAUACUUGAUAUUAAAACUCUCAUUGGUGUUGCUCUUCCCGUGCAGGUUAAAAAUAUAGGAUUUACAGGCGUCUUCAGGUUGAUUUUUAAGCCACUGGUUGAAGAAUUUCCGGGCUUUGGAGCUGUUUGCUAUUCACUAAGACAAAAGAAAAUGCUGGAUUUUACACUAAAAGUCAUUGGUGGUGACAUAUCAGCAAUACCUGGAUUAUACGAUGCAAUUGAGGGGGCAAUUCGGGAUGCCGUUGAAGAUUCUAUUACUUGGCCUGUGAGAAAAAUUGUACCCAUCUUGCCUGGAGAUUAUAGUGAUCUGGAGUUGAAGCCUGUGGGAAUAUUAGAAGUCAAGCUUGUGCAAGCAAAGGACUUAACAAACAAGGAUAUAAUUGGAAAAUCAGAUCCAUAUGCUGUAUUGUACAUACGCCCUUUACGCAACAGAACGAAAAAAAGCAAGACAAUUAACAAUGAUUUGAAUCCAAUAUGGAAUGAACACUUCGAAUUUAUAGUUGAAGAUGCAUCCACUCAGCACUUAUAUGUUAAAGUGUAUGAUAAUGAGGGCUUACAGUCGUCGGAAUUAAUUGGAUGUGCUGAAUUAAAGCUUAGUGAACUCCAACCUGGUAAAGUAAAAGAUGUGUGGUUGAAGUUGCUCAAGGAUUUGGAGAUCCAAAGAGAUAACAAGAACAGAGGACAGGUACAUUUGGAGCUUUUGUAUUGUCCUUAUGGCACAGAGAACAGCUUUACCAACCCAUUUUCUCCCAACUACUCAAUGACAUCCUUGGAAAAGGUUAUUAAAAGUUCAACUAAUGGAAUGGAGUCUAAUGGAAGUGAAAAUGAAGCUGCACAAAAGAAAAAGGAGGUUAUUAUUAGAGGAGUUCUUUCUAUUACUGUGAUAUCAGCCGAAGACUUGCCUGCCGUUGAUUUCAUGGGGAAAUCUGAUCCUUUUGUUGUUCUUACAUUGAAGAAAGCAGAAACAAAGAACAAAACCAGGGUUGUGAACAACAGCUUGAAUCCUGUUUGGAAUCAAACAUUUGACUUUGUUGUAGAGGAUGGAUUACAUGAUAUGCUACUUGUUGAAGUUUAUGACCAUGACACCUUUGGGAAGGACUAUAUGGGCAGAGUGAUAUUGACGCUUACCCGAGUGAUAUUGGAAGGAGAAUACAAAGAACGUUUUGAGCUAGAUGGUGCAAAAUCUGGCUAUUUGAAUUUGCAUCUCAAGUGGAUGCCACAAUCAAUUUACCGUGAUUCUUAA